AUGUUAGGUUUAACAGUAUUUGAAUGGAGACGACUUCAACGUGAGAUCACUACUUGGAAAAGUGAAGAAGAAAGUGCGAAAAUUGGUAAUGCCAAAACAAGUGUUGCUGCAUUCAAAACAUCUUCGGCAUUUUCGGCAUCUUUGAGUAAUUUCUUUAGGACACGAAAUGGACAAGGGAACAUAGUCGUCUCUGUUGAAUCCUUAAAGAGAAAGUACAAGGCUCUAUGGUUUGAGAAUCCUGUCAAUCCAACUCAAGUAUUCUCCAACUCAUUUAUUCUACAAAUGGCAGAACAACGGAUGCAAUUUGAGAAGACCCUCCGUAGCUCUGAAUUAUGGUGCAGAAAACAAAAGUCAACACGAAUUUCUUUUUUGCUGGCAUUGACAAAAACACCUGUGAUUUCAACGUGGAAUCAAUACUACAAGUUGCAAAGUAUUAUGUGA